GAAGACGGUGUUUGAGGUUUUUCCGAGAUUCUAUCCUGAUCCUUAGAUCCCUACCAGUGCAGAAGCUGCUGACAAAAGGCUUCAGACGAGGUCCAUCAGCAAGACUUCACGCAGCUCUUCUCUCCCAAGCUUCUGGGGUAUGUUCUUGUUGCAGUACGGUGGGAUGGGCAUGGACACUGCUGGCGAGUUCGGGAGUCAACUGAGGCACCAGGCAAGACAAGACAAAACCCAAGACAAAUGGCACCCACCGCAUUGCAAUGAAUGCAGCCACCCACAUUGAAGAUACUGAUGCCAUGUGUAGCACCUUGGUUGCCUUGUGUGCAGGAGCAGAUGUCGAGUUUGAAGCGGCUGUACGACGAGCGAGUCCGCCACCUGCGGGAGCGCAUCAAAUCAACAUAUCACGACCUCAAAGAUGACGAUACCAUCAGUAAGGCAGCCGGCUACACAAGCCGUAUGUAUGAUAGCCAUGGAAGCGGCAUGCUGCUCUGUGUUGCUUUCUCCGUCCGUCCGUCCGUCCGUCCGUCUGUCUGCCUGUCUGCCGCCAGAUGCGCUGAAGCGUGAUCCUGACAAUGCCGAGUUUGUGCAGCAGGUAGAAUGGACGGCAAUAUAUUCACCGCAUCAGGCAUCUCUGUCUGUAUGUGUAUCCGCGUGUGUGUGUGUGCAGAGGAUGAAGGAGAUGGUCGAGGACUCGCUCGCAAACGAGAGGGAGGCGCAGGUCGAAGGCCUCAUGCAGGUACAAACACACAGACAAGAAAGAGAUGGGGUUUUACCAACCGACUUGCUGUCCAUUCAUGCAUGGCCUUCAUCAAUGCAAUGCAGAAAGUAGCUUCUUUGGAGGCCCGGGAGCAUGACGUAAGCCAAGGACCAUCAACAAACACACACUGACUUGAACAUUUGGCUGUCUGGGUGGCUGACCUUUUUAUGACCGAUCAGCUGGUUCGUGCUCUUGAGGCGAAGGAGUCCAGCUUCUCUCAGUCGCUGCAGGCCCUCAGAUCGCAGCUCGCCACUGGGGGUACUCCCCAGCCACACCAGUACCCACAAAGCCCGCCCAGAGGAGCCACACUCACCAGAACACCCGUGAGUGAAGUGGAGAACACAGACCUGUCCGCGCGACUGUGGUACCUACCUGUUCAUCAUUGUGUGCUGUGCGUCCAUUAGGGUGGUACAGUGAGUCCCGGUGCUCGACCCGCCCCACCGGCAGAGCAGUUCCAGGAGCUCGUGACUGAGUUGCAGUCACUGCAGCAAGUCUGCGCUGCUCAGGUUCUCAGGCGCCACCGCGGCCAUGCCAUGCACAACAAUCACGGCAUCUGUCCUGUCGCCUUGCUGUGUGUCAGCGUGCGGAUCUCGAGAACCUUCAGAGCGAGUGUGAAGACUACAAGAGAAGGUGAAUGAGGAUGACCUACCUGCAAAUACGUGGGUCCUGAUGCGAUGCGUGUCCUGUCUCGGCCCCUCAGGUAUGAGAUGAAGGUCCGCGAGCGUGGCGCCACCCAGGAUGAGAUGCUCGCAUCCGCUCAACGAGAACAGGAGCUGCAGACCAACGUAUGUACGUGCACACAAAUGUAUGUAUCCCUGAAGCCAUCCAUUAGAGACACAUCCUCUUCUCAUCACCAAUCAGAUUCGCGACAAGACUCGGGAGCUGGGUGAGUGUCAGCAGCGACUGCGGCACGUGCAGGGCGCCCUCGAGCAGUCGGAGAAGGACAGGCUGGAAAUCAGACAGAAAUACGUCGAGGUCGGGGAGAAAUUCGAGAGGUAAGUCACUCAUCCAAUCCACACCUAAGGCGGGGCGCCUCACCGUCCAAGCGGGUGGGUUUAUGUGUGCAGGUUCAUCCAGCAGGAGGAGCGUGAGAACAGCGAGACCGUGCAGCUGCUCGUCAAGAAAGUCAAGGCCGCUAAGGUAUUUACCUACCAUACACACACACACACAAAGCCACAGGUGGAUGUGUGGAAUGUGGAUGGCUGCGUUUGUGCAGACUCGGCUUGCCCAAUACAAGAAGGACAGGAUCAAGUCCAUGGUCAGUCAGGUGCAUGGCAUGAAUGGAUGAGUGAAGUUGAACCACCUGCAUGGUAUGCUGACGGCCUACGGCUAUCGUGUCCCAUGCAGACGGAGAUCAGCACGCUCAAGAACCAGUUGAUCGUCAGUGAACAGGAGCGGGAGAAUCUACUCAUACAAAUCAAGGUGGGUCGGGUCAGUCAGACACACCGAUGCACCGAUGAUGCACAGAUUUCUCGCCUUUGCUCUGUGUCGGCAUCAGAGCAAGAUCGAGCUCGAGCGCCGCGUUCAUGUGUUGGAGGCCGAUAACCAGGCCAAGGCUCGCGAGCAGGAGCAUCUGAUGAAGCAGCUGGCGCUCGCCGAGGCGCGCAAGGACCAAAUCCCGCUCGAAAAACACCAAUCCAUCCUGCAGGCAAGACAUAUAUAUGAGCAGCUUCCAGAGACAGAGGCGUGGAUGUCAUGUCUGUGUAUGUGCGGUAUAUAUUGUCUUCGCGACUGUAACAGGACCGCUUGACGACUCUCGACUCUCAGCAUCAGUCUGCGGUUCGCAUGCUCCAGGACCGAUUCGACCUCCAAGUCAAGGAGAAGGUACGUUGUGAGCGUGUAACUGCUGAAAGCACACAUGGGCACACACAUCCAUGGACGUGACGGUGUGUGCCCCGAUGGAUGCCAGAUCCGUGAGGCUGAGGAGCGGAAGCAGUCUGAGUUCUCGGCCACGCUGAGCCAGAUUCGCCGUGGUGUGCAGGCGCUUGAGGCGGCACGCGACGAGGAAAUACGACAGCGCAAGACGGCGCAGGAGGAGGCCGAUCGGUGCAUAAGCAUCCGUGUCAUGUCAUCCACACACAUCAUGUGCAUGGUUGCAUGGUGUGGUGUCUAUCUGUUUGUGCAUGGGCUGGGCAGCAUGCGUGCCGCCAUUACGAAGCUCGAGGGACAGAACCUCGAGAACAUCAGGCAAAGGAAGGUACGUAGGUGGGCAAAGAACUAAAGCACAGAGAGACCCAACGACCAGCGGUGCACAUCACAUGGACGCCCACAUGCUGUCAGGCGCUGGCGUCCAAUCUUGAGGAGGCCUCGGCCAACCUGACCAAAGUCCGCAACAUCCUGCAGGACGAGAGGGCCAGGAGGGAGGUAAUAUCUUGAAUGAAUAUGCCUCUACAUGCAGCACAGCGGCAGACGCCUGUUUGUCUGUCCUUUGGUUCAGCAAUGUGAGGAGCGACUGAAGCGUGCCGACAUGGAGUGCACGUCCUCGAGCUUCCAAAUACAACACGUAGAGGAGACCGCAAAGUCAGCCACACGAACACUCACACUCAAUCCAUUCGCGCGUCAUCAUGCCUACCUUUCAAUGAUGUCGAUGUCGUUGGUUCAGGCGUCGCGAGGGCGAUCUCGAGCGCCUUCGCGGGGACUACGAUGCGCUCCGCACUGACCACCAGCGGUUGCAGGGCGAGACGUCCAGACUCGUCCGCGAGCUCCACGUCAAGGAGGCCGCUGAGGUCCGGGUCGCUGCACUCGAGACAGAGGUAAGUACUUACUGGCGAGACGAGACACAACGGGAGAAGGCGGUCCGUACACCUCUGCUGUUUGUUCUUUCUGUGUGCAGCUUGAGCAGUACAAGCAUCAGGCCAACACGAUCCGAAGGUGAGCAAGCAGGCUGCUUCAUUCCGUCCGUUAGUGUGGUUUAUCCGUCUCCAUCCAUAGCCUUCGCCGCGUCGUGGCUCAGAUGUCGCGCCUCACACAAGGUAGGUCAGCGCGGAAGACACAGACCGAAACAACGGCGAAAACCCCGCUGUCUUUCUGUCAAUCUCUUUCGCAGUGCUAAGCCACGAGUUGCGUAAGGAGCUGGUGCAGCUCAAGUCGACAGCCAUGCAGCAGAUCAGCGGACUCGAGACAUUCUGCGACGCUGCCAUCAACAGACUCAUCGCAUGGUGAGUCAGUCAGUCAGCCCACCACACGCUCAGCCCGUGAAUGCGAUGCGUACAUAAAGACGCACACACUCUUUUGCAUUGCACGCCCUUCCUUCUCUGCAGUCACCGUGAGCGCGUCUCGCUUCAAAGCGUAGGCAGACAAGAGAACAAUUCCUGCACACAGAUUCCUGUGUCUGGAUGGGAUGCCCCUCUCUGUAUGUCUCUGUGUGUGCAGGCUGAGCAUCGUCUCGAGGCGGACACCCUGUCGCGCAACAACCAGCAGCUGGAGCAGCAGCUGGCCGAGUCACAGUAAGGGCCAGGCACUGCCAACGCCUUUACGUAUGCGGUCAUUGUCCAUCCUUGCUUCCUACAGGUCUCGUGAGAAGGAGCUGACGCAGCAGUGCGCUCUUGACCGCGAGGACGCCGACAACACCCGGCUGCACCUCGACAGAGUCCUCACGGCCGUCUCACAAUACAUACCCGUGUCGGAGAACAUCAAAGAGGUACCUCACUCACAGCACUCACUGGUUUGCCACAAUCGACGCUGAACCGUGGCUGUGCGGACCUCGCAAAUCAAUCAGGGGAUGGUGUCGCCUCGUCGCUGUUCCCAUCCUGAGUCGAUCCUGCCAUUCAAGGUGAGUCAUUGAUUCAUCUAUCCACUCACCGCCCUGACAUCAAUCUCUGGGGGGUAUUCGUGCUGGUGUGGCGUCCUUGACUGACAGGAGGAGGUAGCUCGGUGUGUCAGUGAGAUGCGGGAGAAGGUCCAGACACAGUAAGACACAACCCAUAAGGACGAGAGAUUAAGUGGUCAGUGCCUUUGCCGUCUUCUCAUGUCUGUAUGUCUCAGCUACGAGGAGAUAGUGGCGCAGAAGGAAUCGUAUGCGACACAUUAACACACAAACAGUGUAAUGUGAGUUGGAAUGCUCCUGUGCAUGUAUGUAUUUCAUUCAUUCAGUGAGCGUGCCAGGCUCGACGAGUCUCUGAAAGAGGAACAGCUGCAGGUAAGUAGCACACGAGCAUCCACCAUGCAGUCAAUGCACGUCGGCCGCCCGUCUACCAUCAGAUUGCCAACCAGGAGGGCGCCAUCCAGCAGCUCCAGCAGCAGACACAGGUCACAUAGACCGACACACCCAGUAGGAGGCCUUCUCUCCCACAAUGUGUGUGUAUGUGCGGUGUGUGUUCAGGCGCUUGAGAGUCGCAUCGAAGAGUUGAAUGAGGUGGAGCAGAAGGCCAGUCGGCUGCAGGAGAGGCUCGAGGAGACCGAGAACGAGCUGCGCUCCGAAAGAGACAAGAUGGCCGAAUCCCAAAAGACAUUUGAGAGGAGAUCGGUCAGUCAGUCAGCAGGGAGCAGACGGGCGAAGGGCAAUCUACUCUGAUGCACGUCUUGUGUCCCCCACUCCCUCACAUGCAGCAAGAGGCUCAGAUGUUGGCUGAGAUGAACCAGGCGGACGCACAGUCAAGCAUCAAGGAACAACUCAGACAGGUAACUAACCAGCCCGACCACGAACACACAUACGUACGGCCGACCGUGCGCUUCUUUGUCUGCUCAGCUCAACAAGGAGCUUGGCCAGCUGCAGACACAACACCACGUGAGUCUAGGAGACACAGCGACCUCAUGCACUGUCGGCUCUUGCCCACAUGGGCAUGCAGGAGGAGUUGGCUCGCCGCGACAAGGAGCUGAGUGACGUCAUGACCCACAGACUCAACGAACAGAGACGGGACGCCGAACAGAGAGAGCAACAGCUGCAGGCAAGAUUACAUAUACGUGGCAAGGAUACCGACAGACAGGCAGGUAGCUGGUCCCUUGUGUGCCCGUGUGUGUGUCCACUUCAGUCUACCGUGGAUCAGCUCACACACAGACUCAAGGACAGCGACCAAAACCAAAAGUGACCAACGACACACACACAGACACACACGCUCAUGUGGAUGGAGUCAUGUGUGUCAGGGCCACACGGAGUACCACAGACGCCUCCAUCAAAGAACUCAAGGACAAACUUGCCGUGAGUUACCCACCCACCCACCCUUAACACGCACCGCGCCCAUCUAUCCAUUCCAUCGAUCCCCUGUCUGUCUGUUGCCUCCAGGCCACGACGCGCGAGCUGGACAGCGUCAAGCGCGACAAACGUGCCCUGGAGGUGCAGCUGGAGCGUCACGCCCAGGACCGUGCCGGCGACGUCUCCAUGGUCGCUCAGCUCAAGCGGCAGGUCGACGAGCUCAAGCAGACACACAGAGAGGAGCUGGACCAGCUAGACCAGGCCAGACGCAAGGCCGUCAAGGAGCGGGAGGACGAGAUGAAGAAGGUCCACGAGGCCAAGAGACACCAGCUGCGGACAGGGGCCGCCACAGAUGAAGGGCGGGGCGGCUCACUCGUUCCCAGUGAGGGCUCGGCCGCAGGGUAACCUCACACACAUGUCCGUCUCUCCAGGCAUCACCCCGUGUGCCUUUCCUCUGAUUUCUUUCAGUGGGCGGCAGGGCAGUGCCGCCAUGGCCCGUGUUGAUGCGGCCAUCGAGCGCAGCAGUCUGCGACGGGCCGAUUCGAAAGGCUCGGCGCUCUCGGCGGUGCAGAAUGUGCUGCAGCUAGCACGGCAAGCCACGUUGAAGGCUGAAGAGGCCAGGCCUUCAGGCAGGCCGCCCCUGUCUCGCCCGACGUCGCCUCUGCCGCCUGCUAGGGGGGAGAGGGCUCCGAUGAGUCCGCAGAGCGCUAUGUAGCGAAGAAUAUGGGUGGCUGGGUGUCUCUGUCUGGUUGCUGGGGCGGGGUGUGUGUGUGUGUGUGUGUGUAUGAUGCGAGUGGACGACCAAAG